GUUUUGGUGUUCUCAAACGGGCACACUGCUUACACCUCAACCGACGUUCAGGUGAUUUUCAAGGGAAACAUCUGAUAAUAAAAUCCAAAUUUUCCCGAUGACAAGCAUCGAGGAAAACCCGUUUGCCGCUCUACUCCAGGAGGGCACAAAUUCCGAUGGCGUGACCCACAAACUGGUCGAAGAGGUGCUCUUGUUCACGCUGAACAAGUCGUCUUCCUUCGCAGGCUUGUGCCUGGCGGACGUGGUGGUAGACACCAACGAGCAGAAGCUCAGCGAGGACCUAGUGGCCCACGCCCUUUUUGAACGCCUGAUGCUUGGUGAGACCGCGCAGUAUGCAGUGGGAAAUGCCAGUCCAGAGGCCUUGGAGCCAAAAGCAAUGUGCUAUCUGCACAAAGCUUUCACCCGAUGCGAGCGCAUCCAGAACGAGCGAAAAACCGACUGCUCCAAGAUCCUGGCCCUGAUCUUAAACAAUGCAAGCACAUGCAUGCGGCAGCCGGACCUCUUUGCCCCGCAAUCCUUCGCUGCUCAAUGGCUGGAGAUGUUUGAGCAGGCUGACGAGCACGACACCAGCACCCAAGAGUUUCUGGUACGGGUCGCCUGCAAGGUGGUGGAAGAGGACGAACCGAUCGAGGCCCUGGGUGCUCUUAAGGCUAUCUUCUACCCGUUGCUCACCGAGCUUCAAAAGCUCAUAGCCAAGGAGAACCUGAUUACGGUCAAAAAGAACGUAUUCUGGAUCCUGGGAUUCUUCGUACGCGACAAGCGAGCGGCCGUUUUGGGAGAGCUGCUAAUUGACUACACCACCCCUAAUCCCAAAGCAAAGGGUGGCGAGUAUAUGGACACUUUGUUAGGCAGUCUUUUGUGCAUCUCAAUCUUGCCCAAAACCCAAACGGCUAAGUACGAGUUUUUCCAAGAGUUAUCACUGAAUCAAACAGACGCUGCUCUGUGGGCACUCUUGUCCCAUCAUCAGCAGUCGAUAUUUCUGCUCGUCAAACAGCUGCUAGUGCUAUCACCCGAGACCAAGAAGAAAACUCUUCAAUGGCUAGCUAAUUGCCUGGAUGCAAAUGUAUCCCGUGGUCAUCUGUGGAGCAGCAUCAAUCUGAACCUGGAACAAACGGUCCACAGCACGGCCAGCGACGCCUUCAUGACCAGCCUUAGUGCAGUCCUUACACGUCUUUGUGCUCCACUAUGUGUACCCUCAUUAAAGGUUCUUCUGGUGGACCCCACUUAUUGUGCAGUGACGGACAAGGAUCGUCAGACGAAGGGCGUGAGCCUGAUUAAAGCUCACGAGGAGACAUGCUUGCUUCCUAGCGAAGAGGGCGAAGAGCGUCUGACGGCUGAAAAGUAUAAUUUCGUGACAGAGAUCUUCUACAUGGCCCACAAAUGUUUUGAAUUGGCCAAUCGUCCCUGUAUUGAACGGCUUACCCGCUUAAUGAGGGAACUGCAGAACACACAGACGGCCUACGGGGAGGUUCUAAACAGCGAUCCAAACAAUGAGCUGACCAAAAACCUGUUUCGUAUGAUACUGGAGCAGAUGCAGCAAGUGCUAUGCAUUAAAAACACCCUGUCCGAGCCCACCAAUGAAACGGCCUUGUUAAAACUUUUCGAGGCUUCGGCAAUCUGGCUGACCGAGGUGGCAAUGCUGCCUCGUGAGACUUAUGAGCAGUGUUUGGACAAGCGAGAUUUUUCCCCACAAGUGUUUCGUAACCUCGAGCUGCUUUCCGAUACGCCGCCAUUUAUAGCUCCGUAUAUGCAAUCAGUUCCAGAAAGCAUUAUCGACAACAUUUCGGCUUAUUUGAAUUUCUGCCGGAGACUGACCGGCGAUCAAUACAUUCAUAUUUACUAUUCUGCCCAUGAUGCUUUCUUCAAGAUGAUACUGUUAUUCAUGGGAAGCUCGGGAUUAGUAAAGAACCCUCACCUCCGUGCUAAACUGGCUGAGGCCCUAGAAUUUCUCCUACCCACACAAAUUGUUGGAAGCACUCGGCAGACUUUCGUCACCCAUGUUUUUGACAACCAUCCUGAUCGAAUGAAGGUGGUCCGCAGUCUACUAAACGUAUUUGUGAGCAUCGAGAUGACCGGCCAGUCAGUACAGUUUGAACAGAAAUUUAACUAUCGUCGGCCUAUGUAUGCUAUAAUGGAGUUUCUAUGGACAAAGCCGGAGCAUGUGCAGUGCUUCCGGGACCUGGCUAUCGAAGCGGAAGAAAACAUGGAAGCCAUUGAGCCGCCCAUCUUUCUUCGUUUUAUCAAUUUGCUUAUUAAUGACGCCAUCUUCUUGCUGGACGAAUCGUUGUCCAAUCUGGAGCAGAUCAAGCAACUUCAGCAGGCCCAGGAUAACGGUGAGUGGAAUGGUUUGUCACAGAAUGAGCGCCAACAGCAGGUGACGAAUCUUCAACACCUGGGUAUGCUAGCGCGCUUCGACAACAUUCUCGGAAGGGACACUAUAAACAUCCUGAAGCUGCUGACCACGGAAAUCAGGAGCAUUUUUUGCCAUAACAGUAUGGUGGAUCGCAUCGCAGCCAUGCUGAAUUACUUCCUGUUGCAUUUAGUUGGGCCCAGAAAGGAACGGUUUAAGGUUAAGGAUAAGAAAGAGUUUGACUUCGAUCCGGCCCAGACGGUGAUGGAGAUCUCUCACAUCUACAUUAACUUAAGCGCUGAUGACAGCUUCUGUUUGGCAGUCUCGCAGGAUGGGCGGUCCUACAGUGAACAGCUAUUCGGUUACGCCGAGAACAUUCUUAUCCGGAUCGGAGGAGGUCAACUGAUCGGUGACAUGUCUGAGUUCGCUGUAAAAGUGGCACGAAUGGGAGCCCAAUAUAAGGAGGAGCAGGAACUGCUGGCCGAUGCGCCAGAAGAGUACCUGGAUCCUAUUAUCUCCACUCUGAUGACAGAUCCUGUCGUGCUUCCCAGCUCUAAGGUUACUGUGGAUCGCUCUACAAUCGCUCGACAUCUUCUAAGCGAUCAAACGGAUCCCUUCAAUCGCGAGCCGCUCACCAUGGAUAAGGUCAAGUCAAAUGAGGCUCUGAAAUUGGAGAUUGAUCAGUGGAUUGCGGGCAAGCGAGAGGCGGCACGUUCCAAGAGUUGAGGGAACAUUGGAGUCGCAGCUGCAGGUGCAGCUGCCCAACCAAAGAGUUAAGUUCACGGGAUAAUGGAUAAGCCAAUAGUAAAUUUUUUUCUCAUAAGAAUUCCAGUUAUACAUAGUGUUGUGUGAAUGUUUAAUCCCCUUGUACAGUUAGUGGUUUUUGAAAUUAAUUUCUAAUAUUUUUCCUUCAUUGGUCGAAUAAAUGUUUCUAUAUUCUCGAA